AUGACCGACUACGUCGUCCCCAGUACUCCGAGGUGGCCCGAGACGUAUCGCGAAUACACGGGCCCUCCAGUCCCAUCAGCCGUGCCGGGCCUCACUUUCCCCCAGGGCCCAGGAUUCUACCUCGAGUCCGCAGUGGCCAAAUUGCUCGACGACGCGGGAAUCCCCAACUUCAUCUGGGGCGAGUCUGUCCUGGCCACCUUAGGCGUCGAUACAGCCACGCUCUUUGGCGGCUGGGUGAUUCCAGACGAGCACAUCGAAAGGGCAGCGCAGGUGCUCGACCAGGCCAAGUUCCCGCCCUGCACCCAGGGCCGCAAUCGCUGCACCAUCUUCUACGAUCUCAGACCGCACCCGUUCCCAGACUAUCACUGGCACACCGAUCUGGCCUACCCAGAGGAGCGUCACCUCCCCUAUAUGACAUGCGGCACCUUCCUCUACCGCAAAUCCCGGCUGUUCUGGGCAAUGCCGGACCCCCCUCUAGGACCCCCUGCACCGAACGACAAGAACUACAUGCUCACCUGCGACCCGCGCAUCCAGCAAAAUCGGCCUGAUACAUUGCACAUCUUGGGUCGGGGCCCCGCACCAGCCGACAAGGGCCUCCACCCGGUGAAGAUGCCUACCCCGGCUCGGUACACCGAAGCGAUGAUCCUGCUGGAUCUGCGCGACACGUGUGAGCCGAGGGCCUGCGACCAUUGGAGUGUCGAACUCAACUACCUCUUCACGUUGAUGGAAGAGGGCGAAUUCAACGUGAAGAUCAAGGACCUCUCCGAGCCGUUCCGCGACUAUGCCAUGCGACAAUCGGGCCAGCUUGAAGAAGAAGGCGACUUUGGAGGGUAUCGAACGGCGAUGCUACUGUACCUUGAUAUGAAGAGCAAGAAUCAGCUGCCGCCGGCCGAGCUUCAUCAUAGGUCUCCCAUGAUGCAGGCGCCGCUGGAAAGAGUGCUGCAGAGUUUCAAUAUCCCACUGGACAAGAUCCGCCACAAGUAA